AUGACGACGGCCAUUCUGGAAUGUAUCAGCACAUUAUCCAUCAGUGCACAGCAAUUGCGUCGCCUCCCGAAGCUUCUAGAAGGUGGCCUUCCAAAGAUGCCUUCUACAGUCAAGGACUCUGAUGUUCCUAAUCUUUUCAGGGAACCAUAUAUUCAGACUGGAUAUAGACCUAUUGACCAGGACUGGAAAUAUUAUUUCCUAAGCCUUUUUCAGAAGCAUAAUGAAUCGGUUAAUGUCUGGACACAUCUUCUGGUGGCCUUUGCUGUUCUCCUGAGGUUCAGAGCGUUUGUGGAGACAGAAGGCUUCUCCUGGGAUGUGCUUUCCAUGCCACUGGUCAUAUACAUAAUAGCAUCAUUGACUUAUCUCACAUGUAGUAUCCUUGCACACCUCCUACAGUCCAAAUCUGAGUUGGCUCAUUAUACAUUUUACUUCAUGGACUAUGUUGGAGUUAGCACUUAUCAGUAUGGCAGUGCCCUUGCCCACUACUACUACAGCUCCAGCCAAGCCUGGUAUGAUCAUGCCUGGUACUACUUCCUGCCAGGAGCUGCUUUUCUAGGUUGGAUGUCCUGUUUUGGUUGCUGCUAUGCUAAAUACCAUUACAAAAGGCCUUAUCCAGUCAUGAGGAAGAUCUGGCAAGUUUUCCCAGCUGGCCUCGCGUAUAUUUUAGACAUCAGUCCAGUUAUACAUCGCAUCCUUGUCUGCCAUGCGGAAGAUUGCUCCGACAAGGCUAUUUGGUUCCACUGUCUACAGAUCAUUUUCUUCAUAAUCAGUGCCUAUUUUUUCUCUUGCCCAGUCCCAGAGAAAUUCUUUCCAGGGGUUUGUGACAUUGUUGGCCAUGGCCACCAGAUAUUCCACGUGUUUCUAGGCCUGUGCACUCUUUCCCAGCUUGAAGCUGUGCUUCUGGACUUUAAAGCCAGGCAAGAAUUUUUCAUGACACGGUACAAUCCGGAAUUGACCCAAAUAUCCUGUAUUUCAUUCUUUGCUCUCAUUCUAUGCAGUGCUAUCACUGCUGUGUUUCUGCGGGAAAGGAUCAAACAGAAAUUGGAAAGGAAAGACUGGUAA